GCUCGGCGGCGUUCGGUGCUGAAGUGGGGCGGAUGGCAGAAAAACAGCGGCGAUGGACAUUACACCGCGGAAUUCCCAUUUAACAUGUCGUCGAAUAAACGUCUGAACAUCGCGUCUUCUCACCCAUCAUCCUAGGACACUGACAGCGCGACACAAAGCGAUGCUGUACUAUAACUGCGCCCUGUACAUUCCAGUCCAUAAAUGACCCUGUCACUUAGAUCCAGGGAGGCCUAGAAGGCGACGGCAAGAGAGUCAAAAGGAGCGAGUGAAGUAAGGAGACAAGGGGAGGAACUAUUCCACUUCACCUCAGCUUUUGUAUUCCUUUCUGUGCCAGUGGGUCAGGGAUGGUGAGACCAGUAACUUCUCUUGUCUGUGGUGAAAAGAACCUCCUUGCCUUGCCUUGUGUCUCCAACAAGUCAGUGUUUGAGUCAGACAACUGCUCAGAGAGCCCACCAGUCAUUCACCCUGCUAUCAUCCAGCAACACAUUACCUCACGCCAUGACUGCUCUGUCUGACCUGUUUUUAGAAACUCACUAAUUCAUGCCCCAGAGUGUGAGUGGAGUGGAGAUGAGAAAAAGGCAGGCGGCACAUAUUGAGGCCCCACCCCAGGCCCCCGGACAGCCCCGACCUAACACCUGCUGCCUCUGCUGGUGCGGCUGCUGCAAGUGUCUCUGGAACGAAGACAGGAUGGAGAGGAGUGAACGACAGACCUGCACCAAGAUGGACAGUAUUGAAGCGGCAGAAGAACAACACCCCAGUCUAGAGGAGAUGCUGUCAUGGGCACGGAGCUUUGAGAUGAUGCUGCGCUCUUUGGAGGGCCGAGAGGUCUUCAGGGAGUUCCUGCGCUCAGAGUACAGCGAGGACAACCUGCUUUUCUGGAUGGCCUGUGAAGAGCUGAAAAAAGAGACAAAUCCAUCGGUGGUGGACGAGAGGUCCAGGAUCAUAUACGAAGACUACGUGUCCAUAUUGUCACCCAAAGAGGUGAGUCUGGAUUCGCGGGUCAGAGAAGGAAUAAACCAGAGCCUCGCUGAGCCCAGCAACCUUAUGUACGAGGAGGCCCAGCUCCAGAUUUACACCCUGAUGCACCGCGACUCCUUUCCGCGUUUCCUUAACUCCUCCACUUACAGAGACCUCCUGGCCAGCAAGAGGCGCACCUGCCUCGACACCUAGACCCCUCCACCCUCCCUCAUAGCCAUUGUACGCCAACGAGACUACUACUUAAACUUCAAAUACUACUAUGGUGCCAGAAGUUGGGUUUGGAAAAAUCUUUCCCUCUCUUUUGAUUGAAAAGACUGAAUGACAUCCAAGAUAGCUGGUUGUUUUUUUUUUUUUUUUAUUUAUAUUUUUUAAGCAAUUUAUAUCCAGUUCUCCACUGGAGCCAGGUCAGCCUUUGCUGGUUAGUUAUUGGUCAGUUUAGGACCAUUAAUGCUGGCCAGUGAUUGUUUUGCUAGCGAUUUGUGCUGUUAGUUUUGGUUGACUGGCCAACCCAUGUGUCAGCUGUUGAUGGAAGUGGCCUACCUGUUGGCCGGCUGUUGGUUCCCUGUGGACAAGGACUCCUCAGGUGGUGGUGGUGACAGAAAGAGAGAGACAAAAAGGACAAGCCAACUGUUCCUGUACUGUAAUAUUUAGACCUCAUAUUUUCUACCCUCACUUUGAUGUUCUCUCUUUCUCUAACUCAUUCUCUCCAUGUUAUUUUUUUUUAUUUUUUUUAAUUCUGUCCCAUUCCUCACAUAAUAUGUUCUCUUCACUGUCCAAACUUGGUGGCGGUUUCUGCCUAUUUAACCAGUAGAAGCACUGGCUCUGCUUGUGAUUCUCUCGAAACAGAAGGAGCCUGUUCCUCCGUGUGGCUGUUUUUGUACAGUGAAGGGAAAAGGUGCACUUCUGUCAAUCUGAAGCCUACUGCAGUUUUUUUUUUUAAUGAGGGGGGUUCGAUGGCUCCUGCAGCACGUGCAGAAGCAGCAUACAUUCAUCACUCCAUCCAUCCAUCCAUCCGUCCGUCCAAGCACUUUCCCUCUUUACGAUUCUUUAACUGGGAGAUGUAAGGGCUAGAAUUGUGGUUGGGCAGCUACAUGUACUAUUAUUACUCAUGACAAAAAAAAUAAUUACAAUGCCUUUACACGGAAGAAAAGGCAGCACAAGUGCUGCUGGAGUUUUGCUGGAAAAGCAACCACAGUUUGUCCAACGAUCCCUACCUCCCAUCUCCCCACCUCUCCCUCCGACUCAGACCAUCACAGCCUGACAAGCACAGGUGCCCAAAUAUGGGGGGAAAAAUAACCAGAGGAGAAAAGAAAACCAAACCCUCACUGACUCCAAAUGGUCAUCUGCAUUUAGAAACUCGUGAGCAGGAAAGAGGAUGUUUUCUUUCUGAAGUUUCACCAUGAAUUGAGCAUUAUGCAGCAGGCACUGAUUCAGUUCUAAAGUGGUUAUUAAACCCUGACUGUUGUCUAGCUUUAGACACCGUAGGAAACAUUACAGUCCUUUAGAGUUGGACGUACAAUAUCGCGUUGCAGAUGCAUGAACCAGGUGCCAAACAUGUCAGUGACGCUGUGACAAGAUUUUCAGUGUGACGUCGCCAGGCUGGAGCGUGCCAGUCGCUGUCGUUGUCCGAUUGUCCGGCAGACGUAGUUGACCAACUGUAUGGUAGUGUGUUAGUGAACUGCUGCCCUACUGAUGUUUGAUUUUUUUUUUUUUUUUUACCAGAGCUAAUGAAAAGGAUUGAUAUAAUAAUUAGCCUUUUUUUUUAGAAGAAGAAAAAGGCUAACAAUGUUUCAGCAUGCGGUAGGUAAGCAGUUAGCAUGCUAGUGCUAGCCUUGCUAAUCCUCCACCCCCUCUGCCAGCCCUCACACGUUCACACACCGGUUUGUUUUUCUAAUCUGAUUUUGAUAGCAUGCGUUGAUAACGGCUGUGUGUGUGUGUGUGUGUGGUAAAGUUACACACUGAACCGGUAAAUAAAAAAACGGAAAAAUAUAAACUCUUUGGGGGAGGGGGGUGUGGUCUUGCCAAAUGUCCCAUCAACAUUUUUAGUAUAUAAAAGGACUUUUUUUAUGAUGUGAACAUUUGAACUUUGUUCCACGUGCAGUAGAAAGUGCAUGAGUGCAGUAUAUGCUAUUUUUUUAAUUAACCGGCGUGUUCAUCACAUGGUGAAUAGCUGAAGUCCUGGUUCAGCCUUUUUUUUUUAAAGUGCCACACCUCACAAAUAAGUGUAGACAUCCAAGUUGCCACCUCCUUUAACUACCUGAAGUUCACGUGCCAAAUUUGAUAGCAACUAAAUUGAACUAUAUGAGAAGAUACAGGAUGUAGCGAUGGCGAUAGAGGUGCAAUUGGAUAUAUUGGGGUUUAUUUAAAUCUUAUGUUAGGGGUUCCCACCGGCCCUUGAAAUCCUUGAAAGUUGAAUUUGAUAACCCAAACCCAUGGGUCGUUGAAAGUAUGUGCAAGAAAGAAGUUAAGUUGAUAUUUAGGUAAAUGUCUCCCUUGUUUGAGAUUCCAUGCAGAACGAUGAGUGGGUGACGCUAAGCAAGAGAAAGCAAAUUCUAAGACUUCUGACUCACCCAAGAAAGAUCCAACAGACAAUCACUUACUGUAAAUCAAUAAAAGUGGACGCCAUGGGCGAAGCGGCUCUAACAAGUCGCCCUCCCAUCUUAAGCUGCACUUUCGGGUUGUUGAAUUUGAAGGAAUCGGUUCUGGAAAGUCCUUGAAAAGUACCUUAAAUUUGAGGGUGUGGGAACCCUGUAUCUUGUACUAUGUUAGACUGGUUUUGAAUUGUGAGAACACAUUUUAAUUUGAAGAGUCCAUGGGAUGAUGUGAUUUAGAGUUUUUCCCACUCUAGCCAAGCUAACAGAACAGAAGCGUCGUCUUAUAAAGUAUGGACUACAUAAAUCCGUCAGAUUGACAGUGUAAAGUCAAGAAAGCAAGACUAAACCAAUAAUAAUCCAACCGUUGUACAAUGUUACUUGCAGAAAAUCUAUUAUAUUUCAACUUUGGCAAUACGGUACUCGCAUCCGGACGACAUUGACAUCCUAAGGGCUUGAUUGAGGUUGCUUUGCUGCUUUCCUGAAUUGCUGUGAAUGCAUGUGCCCAGUUGUUCAGAAGCAGAGGAAUGAAGAGUCGGUCAUUUCACUCGUAGGCUACAUCCACACCACCCUGUUUUCAUUUAAAAAACAUGGUUACAGCUGCCAUCCACAUUACCCUCAGCAGCGUUUUAGAGCCCCGGACAGUUUGACAACUCAAGGGCUGUGUUUUUUUCUUGUGGAUGGUCAGAAAAGGAAAAAAAAAAGCUCCAUUAACUCUUCCUUUUUAGUUGAACUUUCACCUCAUUGAACUGAAAUCCAUUCUUUUACUUUUCACCAUUCCCGUUUAUAAGUACUUGAACCUCUGAAACAAAGCAAGCAACUGCAGAGGAGAGGGUCCGCCUGCUGUGCAUGCUAGUGUGGAGUGCAUCUUAUACGGAGCGGAUUGCUUUUAUCUGGAAAUGAAAACCGUAGUAUGGAUGUAGCCUCAGUCGUGGGAGCAGGUGUUUUUUUAUUUCCAGCAAACAUCUUUAGACAUUUGUGUUUGAGUGUGUAGAGGAAACAUGAAGCUCUCCUGCAAACACAUCAUGUACACCUAUGUCGUGUCCUUGUCGCAUAACGGGGGAGAAUGUCUCACCGAGAACCAGAUGAUGAACUCGUGGUGCAAUUAAACCAAGUUUACAUUUAUAUUGUGAGACGUGUGUACCUUAACAAUAUACUCGUAACAGUGGGGAGCCGGCAGAUUUGAGGCUGGCUCCGGUGGUUCCUGCUCAGUGCUGACAUGAUGACUGCAGUCAUGAGUUUAAAAACUGGAGGAGUUGUUUUACAGGGAGGACAGACACAGUGUGGGAACUCCCGCUUCCCCGCUUAUACGUCCUUUCCUCUUAACUUAUUGUGACUCGUACACGGCGGGGAGUAUCCGGCUGUUUAUUUUUUAAUAACUGAAGUUCCAAUGUGGAUUUUACAAGCAAUGAUGAUGAUGUGAACUGAUGUAGUGUCAUCACUGAGGUUUUUUUUUUUUAUUAUUAGUUUAUGUCUUUAAAUGUCCAUAAGUUUCAAGUGAGCGGGGGUUUUGAAAUGUGGUUUUGUUGACUCAAAAAAACAACAACAACAACAACACACAAACAAACAAGUGAGAGCUGAAGUGUCCUGAUGGGGAUGUAGGAGGUUUGCGAAGCUUUGGCCUUACUGAUACGUUUUAUUUUUUUUGUUCCUAUAUGUAUAAAAAAAAAAAACAACAACAACAAACGUCUCUGUAGGCUUUUCACUACCUCUCAUGUUGGUUAAUUUAUUUCACAUCUAGUUGUCAAUGUACAAGUUGUUUUUACAUCUACUUGAAGCCUAACACUGUAAACAAAAUGUGCACAGAAACGUGACUAUGUGUGUGUGACUGUGACCAGAGGGGUUAAAGAGAGCGUGGCCUAGUCAACAUUAUUCUUAUGAUGAUUAUUAUUAUUAUUAUUAUUAUUGUUGCUGUCGUUUGUUUGUACGUAUGUCUGUUUUCAAUUGUGUUAAAGAUGAACUAGAUUUUGCAUCUCUCUCUAAAGAAUUCAGGAAUCCACUGUCAAAGGGCUAAUCCCAUUUUUGCCUAUGCAAAUCUGUUACUGUGGGUGAGUUGGUUGGGAAAGGGGCGAGCUUAACGCGCCUUUCACCUCUUUUAGAUGGAUCAUGGUUUACAUUGCCCUUUGCUGAUGUUCUUCAAUCCUAUUCAGCAAAAAUGUACACUUAUAUACACAUAGUAUGAAUACAUACAUAUAUAUAUGUAUAUACAUAUAUAUAUAAAUAUAUGACAAGUAAUAUACAGAGAAAAUAGUAUAUGCCUUCGUGAUGAGAAAAAAAAAACGUGAAAACAAAUAAAUGUGGUGUUGUCUGACAUUACGUGGCUGUGUGCUGGAGUCUUGGUGAGAUGAUGUAGACGGCUGUGUUUUAAAUGAAAAGAAAAUCCUAUUACUCAGGCUACAACACGAGUAGCUUAUCCUGUGCAGUAUUUCCUAACUGGGGGGGGGGGAGGUGGGGGGACACUUUUAUUUAUUUAUUCAAGGAGCGACCACAUCAUGACUUUCUGUGACGGAAUAUUCCUCUUGGGUCCCAGCCUGUGAUCUGAAUAUUGUAUUCGGGUCACCCAGGACUUGUCACUUUCCCACUGAAUGAGUCAUUUACCAGUUAAAUGCAACACCAAAACCCAUGUGUGUGUGUUUUAUGUAUUGCACUGAGCAGAGGUCCACACUGCAUUGUGUCGCAUGUGAAUGCAGCUCCUCAGUUGUUUAGGGUCAGACUUUUGUUGUUGCUCCAAGGGCUGAGUUCAAACAAACUGGGAAAAGAGCGGAGAUAUAAAAUGGAAAAAAAAAAAAAAACUCCACUUGCUAUUUAGAUAGUUAAUUUUUUCUUUUAACACAGCACACAGCUGCACGGCAUCCGCCAAGACAAGCAGCAACUUCUUCUUAUCCCAUUCUUCACCUAUAGCCGUUCCUUCUGUAGCCACAUCCACUCAGACGAUCACUGUGUGAACAUACAGUAGCAUUGAUGUGUGCAACACAUCAGUACAAAUGGGUUUACCUUUUUUUUUUUAAAUUCAAUAUUACAAAAGUGAAUAAGUUGAGACCAUUUGGCCACUUCUCGCACUUUUGCAGUUCGUUUGAAUGGACUAUAUUUUAUUCUUUCUUUGCACAGAACACGUCGCUCCUGAGGUGGAAAAAAAAAAAAGCAAAAAAAUAUGACAAAAGAUAGUUUCCCACAGUUUGUCACGGUACGGCAAGGUUUGUUCAAUCUGGGUUUGUGUGUUGCCUCAGUUGGAUCUGGUGCCUCUUUAUACUUCACAUCAGACCUCAAGAUCUUUCUCUGUCUUGCUGUCUGUCUCACUCUCUCUCUCCUGGGCUCUCACCUCCUCUCUGGAACAUCACACAUGCAGCACUGAUAAUUUAAGUCGGCGCAGAGUUUCCUCCUACACAAACACUGACACCCUCUCGUCGUCACUCUCGUGCCUCUUGCAGAGGUGUUUGUGCUACUUUGGGAAAAGAGACGACGUUUGUGCAGGUACUGGCUGAAGUCGGCUUUCAACAGUUUUUAGGCAAUCACUUUUCUCUUUAUUGAUUUCGAUGCCUAAACCUCUGGGGUUCUUGUCAUAUACCUGUGUAGAUAGAUCACAGUUGUUGAGAGAUGACUCGCGGGUGAAAAUAAAAAUACCUUUUUUUUUUUUUUUCACUGUCACUUUGGGCAACUGAAAAAAAAAAAAAAAAAUUUUUUCUAUUCAGCAUGCUUUUUGCUAAGUAAAUGAAAUAAUUCAGUUAUUUGCUAUAAACGAUACUGUAUGAGUAUGUAUUCAAGUACUGCAGUAUGCAGACUAUUAAAAAUAUCAGAAACUCUUUUGAGAGGUUCAUAUUUUUCUUCUAGAUUGUUUCACUAAUAUUGAAGGUGAUGGGUACUUCAUUAUUGUUCUGAGUGUCUCAUGAAUUAUCCGAAUGACUUAAAGGACCAACUUUGUAUUAAAAAUGUAGACCACAGUUGGCUAUUUCCACGCGCAUGACUUGCAGAGCAACAUUUAUCAGGACUGUGCCAGUGCAGUGGGCUUUUUAAAUCCAGUAUUUUGGUCAGUCAAGCUCCAACUGUCAUCCUGACUGUUGUCAUCGGGGCAGGAGAAAUGUUAUCCUUGUGGCCGCUCGUGGUCAAAAAUGCAGCCUGGAGUGUCCGCUACUUCUCUUGCUGAGCCUUUUAAGGGGCAGAUGUGACUUCUAGUGUUCAGGUUAAAAAAAAAAAAAGCUGAUUUAUUAUUUAAAACGAAAGCUGAGCUUCAAACAGCAUGUGAGCUCCCGUGCAGCUUCCUCGAACACCUCAGAACACUUUGUCCCGACAGGGUCGUGCUGCUCAAGGAUCUGGUUGCUAUUCACCAUGACCUUUGACCUUGGAAGAUGAUCAGCAGUCCUCGCAUCUGAAGCUCCGUCAGAUGCGCGAAUCCCUUAAUUGUAGCAUUGAAAGGACCUUUCAUAACUCAACAGUCCAACCUUGAUGGAACACCAUUGUCUGUUAGCGUAGCACAGGAGGGACUCCUCUUGUCUAACCUCGUCUUCGCAGGCCUGAAAAUCUUUAAAGAGCUAAUUCAAAGAUCAACAGCACUGAGCAUCGCAUUAGGGAUUUUUGUACAUUUGUGAGAAGCAUUUCAUUAUGUCAGUAUUGUCAAUUCUCUGCAUGACACGGAUACCGUUUUCACUGAAGACUGUAAUUCAUCCAGAUUAAAAUCUUAUUUACACCCAAGUCUAGUGUAGAAGGAAACGUAUGGUUAAUAAAUUUAAAAAAAACCUAGUUGUGAGAUACUGUUGAAAAACUGUGAAAGUGUGGAAUAGUUCAAUAGUAAUUCACGUUUGUUUUGAUGCCACUCUGACCAAUCCACUGUCAACUGGGACUAGGAUUAACUAGGAUACUUUUACGUCAGCACAGUCUAACUUUGAGGCUCACAUAUUUUAUCGUAUUUAACGCAUCCAAAAAUAUGAACUUGUUAUAUUAUGCUUUCCUUUGUCAGUAGGUGAGUUGGCUGAAGCUAAAACGUCUGCUGCCAGCUUCAAUGAUUUUCUUAAAUCUCUCAGCAAGUGAAGUGAAUAAAUCUUCUUUCCAAAUGUUGCAUCUUGACAAAAAAUAAUUGAGCUUCCUCAAAUUUGCGCGACGGUAACUGUCCAAGUGAGCUUUUUUUUUUUGGUGGACACAUUGUGCCAAAAUUAUAUAAUAAACUCCUUUAGUUUCGUUGUGAAGAGGUCAAAGGAGUUGUUGUAAAACAAAAUCACAUGUUCUUUGUCACUCGCAAUGCAAAAUGUUCUGUACGAAACACACUUUGUUUUGUUUAUGUUGCUGUUGGAUUAGUAUCAUCCCUGAAUCCUCCACAUCUUGUAUAAUCUAAUCCACAGAGUUUUGAAACUGACGUUUUUUGAAGCUUGACUGAUGUGGACUAGCGACCAUAUCGGACGAUCCAUCUGAAGCUGUCACAUUUUUUCCAUUUUGUACUGGAUGUUCAUUUUGGUCACUUGUGUAUGGUUUUAUUUGAUCUCAAAAGACACGAAAUUGUAUUGUUCAUCGGCCUCGAAACUUCACGUUAACUGUGUUCACUUGUGCUACAUUUUGAUCUAUGGUUCAGUCUCUGUUUACACAAUGACAUCUUGCAUUAAGAGCAAACUGAUCUAUAGUAACUGCCCUUGGAUAUCUGUAAUUUAAAUAGUGCUGCUAGAGAAAGAAAUCUAAAUGUAACAACUUACAAUAAAUAAGUAAUAGAUUUUU